AUGGAGUUCCAUCUCUCAUAUUCAUCCAUUGUAGUCACAAGCUUUUCUCUUAUCAUACUACCUUUCCUACUCUACAUCCUCAAUAGAAAGAGAAAAAGGGCAACGAGAGGAAAGAACCGAAAACCACCACAAGCAAAAGGAGCAUGGCCUAUAAUCGGACACCUACACCUUUUGGGUGGACCUCAGCUACCUCACCAUGUUUUAGGUGACAUGGCAGAAAAAUCUGGCCCUAUAUUUAGCAUUAAGCUUGGUGUUCACCAAGCUCUGGUGGUGACUAGUGGGACGAUAGCUAAGGCUUGUUUUACUACAAAUGACAAGGCCUUUGCAAAUCGACCAAAAUUAGAGGCAACAAAACUCAUGGCUUAUGAUAAUGCCAUGUUCGGUCUCGGUCCAUAUGGGGAAUAUUGGAGACAAAUGCGCAAGAUGGUCAUGCUUGAAGCUCUAUCUCAAAGGCGAGUUGAUAUGUUUGGACAUAUUCGAGCUUCGGAGCUUAGAGCAUCCAUCAAAGAUUUAUAUGUUGGUUGUAUAAGGGACAAAACGAGUGAAAAUUCAGAGAUGGUGAUGAAGGUGGAGAUGAAUCAAUGGUUUGGGAAGUUGGUUGCAAAUAUUAUGGUUAGGAUUAUUACAGGGAAGAGGUUUUUGCCACAUGAGGAGGAAGGGGUUCGAUUUCAGACCAUAGUAAGAAAAUUCUUUGAGUUACUUGGGGCAUUUGUGGUUUCUGAUUUUAUUCCUUACCUCAAGUGUUUCGAUGUGGGUGGAUACAUAAAAGUAAUGAAGAAGACAGCCAGUGAUUUGGACAACAUCUUUGAGGGAUGGUUAAAAGAACACAAAAAAGAAAGCAAGUCUCCCCAACAACACCAUGAAGGCAACCGAGUCUUCAUAAAUGUGUUGAAUUCCAUUCUUCAAGAUGCUUCUCAAGAGGAAUUCCCCGGUUUUGACCAUGAUACAAUUAUCAAAGCCACAUGUCAACAACUCCUAGUAGCAGGCUUGGACACGACAUCUGGGACAUUAACAUGGGCUUUAGCAUUACUGAUCAAUAACCCAAAAACACUAAAAACUGCACAAGACGAAAUUGAUGAACAUGUUGGAAGAGACAGAUUGGUCGAGGAGUCAGACAUGAAGAACUUAAUCUACCUUGAUGCCAUCAUCAAAGAAACAUUACGUUUAUACCCAGCUGCACCUCUCUCAGCUCCUCAUGAGUCAACGGAGGACUGCAUUGUGAGUGGCUACAACAUUCCAAAAGGCACUCGCCUGUUGGUCAAUCUUUAUAAGAUGCAUCGCGACCCAAACAUCUGGAAAGAUCCCCUCGAAUUUAGGCCGGAGAGAUUCUUGACAACUCAGAAGGAUAUUGAUUUCAAAGGGAAACAUUAUGAUUUACUUCCUUUUGGUAGUGGUAGAAGAAUGUGCCCUGGUAUUAAUUUUUCCCUCCAGGCUGUGGGUUUAACACUAGCUACUUUGAUUCAACAGUUUGAGAUAAAAAAUCCAUCAGAUGAACCUAUUGAUAUGACUGAAAGCUCCGGAAUGACUAUCUGCAAAUCAACUCCACUAGAUGUCCUUUUGGCCCCGCGGUUAUCCUCUAAUAUGUAUUAG